AUGCCGAACCGGCCUAAGUUGGAUCAGUUUGAUAUUCGACAUGUGGAUCGUCGGGAGCUAUACACGGACUUCAAGAAGCGCAUUGCGUAUUUGAAGGCCUUCCUGAAUCUGGUGGAAGAUGAUAUAAUCGUCUUCAACAAAGGCGCCAAGUACCUAAAGACGGCGAUCCCAGACCUCACGCAUCGCCUGUAUUCCAAAAUGCUCGAGUUCGACAUCACAGCCCGCGCGUUACGGACCCGCAACACCGCCUGCCACGCGCACGUGGAAGAUCUCUUCACCAUCGACAGUCCGCACGUGGAGCGCCGCAAGAUCUUUUGGAAGUGGUAUUUGACCCGGCUGUGCAACGACCCGAGCCAGAUGGAGUAUUGGGAGUAUUUGGAGAAGGUAGGGAGGAUGCACACCGGUAAAGAACUGCUGCACCCGUUGAACAUCGAAUACAUCCACAUGAACGCCUGCCUCCGGUACGUAGAAGACGCGCUGAUCGAGUGGAUCUCGCUCCACCCGGAAAUGACCGUCCGCUUCAAGUUCGCCCUCAUCCGCGCCCUGAACAAGAUCAUGUGCAUCCAGAACGACCUGAUCUCGAAAUGCUAUAUCCCCGCCGGGCAGGAGUAUGAAGAGAACUCCGAGGAAGAAGGGCCCACGACUACGACGACGACGAUAACAGCAAGAACAACAACGACGACGGCGGAUGACCCCCGACGACGACCCAGUUUUGACAUGAUGGCUUCCUCGCCACAUUUCCGCCCCCGCGCCGAAUCCCAGGCCACCACCGGCACGACCGCCUCCAAGACAGCGAGCAGUAUCCGCAGCGCCGAGACCCAGCUUUCGGCCCCUCUGGACAGCCCAUAUCCUGGGCAUCAUCCGAGUUGCCUAACCCCGGGGUUGGUGUCCUCGUCGUCGAGACCGACCUCCUCGGCGGGUGAGUCUCUGAGCGCGAAGAGCAUGGCGACGGCUCCGACGGCGACGAAUAGCAGCAGCCAUGGUGAUUUUCUGGCUGCUCGCGCGAGCUCCUCCACCCUGGAUUCGAAUCUGUAUCCGAUCACCCCGCCUUCCACGUCAUCGAGUAGUAGCAGUCUGCGUCCGGCGCAGACGAAUAAUCUCUGGCGCAAUUCGAUGGUCGGGCUCGUGGCGCCGCUGACGGUGGAGUCGUUGCAGACGCUGGAGACGAAGAUUUGGUCGGAGAGGAGUUGA